GAGGCGGAGGUGGAAUGAGGUGGGCCGAGAGGGCAGACAGAUUUGCGGACCAGGACUUAGGAUGCGAUAACAGCUUUCUGUUGUCAAAGGUGGCGUUGUCUGUCUCUCUCCCUGCCCUUUUGCCUCAGUGUCCUACGCAGAGUUAUCUACAGCUACAACGUGUGUUUUCUCGAGGUGGAUUUGAGGGGGGCGGCAAGAAAACCAGAAGCCCGCCACGCAGACCUGUCACCGCCUCCGGAACCGGGCUGGACUCUCCGCGAGCGGGACGCAUCCUGCCGCUCCGCGCGCCCGGCGGCGAGCGGCCGCGCUCGGGAGCGUCCUCCUCCCGCUCCUCCUCCCGCUCCCCUCCCCAGCCCGGUGCAGAGCCCGCCCCGGCCGGGCGGCCUCGGCUCCCGGCGGCCCGCGCCCUCUCGGGCUCCGCUCUCGGCUCUCUUCCUCCCCCGGCCCCGCGGUCCGAGCUCCGAGAAACUAAUCCUGGAGCUGCCCGGAAGGGCGGGAGUGGACGGCGCUGGGGGCCGGCGCUGGGGCCCGGCCCUGGGCUCGCGUCCCCGGCCCCCUCCGACUCCCCAACAGGUAGCUCACACUCGGGCCGCGAGCUCUCGCUCUGCCUCCCUCGCUCUCUAUCGCUCGCUCCGUCCCGGUUACCUGGGCGGACUCCAGGAUGGGUACCCAGGACUCCGGGAGGCGAGACUGACCCUACCAACAAGAUGCAGGCCGCUGGCGGGAGGCAAGAAGAAAAAGGAGACAUGAUCAACAUCUCUGUUGAUCAAGACCCUAAUAUCGGCCACGACGGACUUUCUGAAAAGGAGUAG